ACAUUCUCCGUGACUCCGGCAGGCGGAAGGAGCUCCUUCGCCUUGGUCUUCAGCUGCACCUGCCGUCGUCAUUUUGACUGCAAUUGCGUUUGAAGCACGUGUGAAGAGCUUCGCCCCUGCCUGUUUGUCCUCCGUCGCCGGUCCGACGCUAGCCAUACGCGAAUGGAGGAGGCAAUUGAGAAUUCUCUCUUCCCUUCAAAAUCUGCUGUUUGCUUUCUUCCUCUCAAUCUUUCUCAUUGACCUACCACCAUUUCAACUUUCCUCCUUCAAUUCUACGGGCCUUGAAAUCGUCGACCCUUUCAAUUGUACACCACCACUCAUACUACCAUCUCUUCAAAAGACCAUCAAGAUGAUGUCCGCAAGACCACUCGUUCGCUCGACGCUUCCCAGAGCUACGCGUGCUGUCCGCGCUCCUCGCCAGCAGCUCCGCUUCCAGUCGACAACCACCUCAUCAUCAACAGGCGGGGGAAGCUCCCACUUCGGAGCCGGUGUCGCUGGUGGUCUUGCUGGUGCCGGUCUCUUCUUCGCCAUCUACUCUUUCACUCCCGCCGGCCGCACUGCUUCCAAGGUCAACAAGGCCGCCAAGGAGGCCGAGAAGAAGUACACAGCCGCCGCACAAAAGCUGCAAGAAAACACACCUUCUGCCGACGAAGCCAUCGACUACAUCAAGCAGUUCGCUUACUCCUACGUCGGUUGGAUCCCUGGCGGCCGCUCCUACGUUGACUCCGCUUUCAAUGACUUUGAGACCGUCCGCAAGAAUCACAAGGAAGAGGCCGACAAGAUCAUCGAUGACGCCUACAAGCAUUUUCAGGAGGUCGCCAAGGCCGGCCUGAGUCUCGAGGCCGUCCACAAGGCAUACGAAGUCCUUGCAGACAUCACCCAGAAGCUCGCAAGCCUUGGAGGUGACGCUAUUGGAGACAUUGUCGACAAUCACCCCCAGCUGAAGGAGAAGCUUGGAGGAAAUAUUGAACAGCUCAAGGACUUGGGUGACAAGUACGGACCCGAGGCUAAGAAGCAGGUCGAUGAAACAUGGAAGCAAGUCAAGGACGUCUUGGCUGGCGGCUUCACUGCCAGCAACUUCGACAAGGUGCGCAAGCUCAUUGAGGAGAAGAUCCAGCAGGUCCAGAAGCUUGGCGACGAGGCAUGGAAGAAGGCGCUCGAGGAGGCCAAGCCCUACCUUGACAAGAACCCGAAGGUCAAGGAGCUGGUCGAGAAGAAUGCCGACGCACUCAAGAAGGGCAAUGCCAAGGAGCUAUUUGAGAAGGCAAAGAAGGCUACCGAGUCUGGAGACCUCGGAGGCCUUGAGAGCUAUAUCACCGAUACCGUCGACAAGGCUAAGUCUAAGGGCUCUGAAGUUGGCGAGAGCUUUGGUCUGGACCAAUACUUCAAGAUGAUCCCCGACGGAGACAAGAUCAUUCCCAAGUUGAAGCAGCUCCGCGAGGUCGCCGACAAGCACAAGGAAGAGGGCGAGAAGCUUUUUAAGGAGACCAUUGAGGAGGUGAAGAAGGUCCUUGAGGCCAAGUCUAAGAAGGCGGAGGAGAUUGCCGAGAAGGCAAAGAAGGAUGCUAAAUAAGGGACAUGUCUCCGGCAUUCAUGCAACUGAUACCCCAAGCAAGACGUCUACGUGGACGACUCCUUGUACGAUAGUUGAAAAAGCUUUUCCUGUGUACCAAAUAAUUAAUGACUGGAAUCACCCAUUGCCCAUGACCCUUGCUGCGCCAUAUUCUCAGACCCUCAGAUGUCCUGC